UUGAUUUGUAAAUUUUUGCAGUCUCUGUUCGAUCGCGGUGUCGCGCGCACUUGUUUCUUUCAACCCGUUCUGCGGUGUGGUUCUGGAGAUCUUGUGUCUUUCCUAGUGUUGUGGUGUUUUUUGCACAGUCGAGAUCGUUUUGGCGACUUUCGGUUUGAUCCUGGGGGCAGUUGAUCUAGUUGAUGAAUUGAUCGAUCGAUCGGUAGAAAAGUUGAUAAUUAAGAUCAAUUUUUUUUUGAUACGGUUUUUGUGGUGACAAAACGGUUUGCUGAAACGACUUUCGAUUUCCGACUGUGGUCAAUCGAGAAGAAAAUCGAAUCGAUCGGCUAGAUCGAUUAUUAUCUGCGAUCACCUGUGAAACAGUCGGCGAUCAUUGAAGGUAGUGAAUAAGCGACGAACCUCGAAACGAAACGAAAACACAGGUGUCGGAGGAGAGUGAAGUGAAUAAAUUAACGACCUUUCAGAAGUACGUGUAUUAGAAGCGAAUUGCUUAGAGCGUUUUCUCAGCCUUUGCUGACGGAUUUCGAGUGCCAUUUGAAGCCGGUGUGGAACAAAACAGGCAACGCUUUGUUUGGUGAUUUUUGUGCGAUAUCGGAAAUUGAAAAUUGUGCGAGUUUUAAAGUGUCCCGAACACCAUAAUUGCCGGGUUGAUUGCUUGUCUUGUCAGACCCAAGUGGAAAAUUGAAUGACAAACACAAUUUUGAGCCAACGAAUCAGAUAAGCAGAGCGAUAAAUUGCCACCGAAAGGAGAAAAAAAUAAGAAGAAGUGAAAUCAAGAAGCAAACUUUGUUGCCGUUGCCGCGCCGACUUCAAAGGAGAAUAAACAAUAACAACGUUCUGGAAUUACCCGCGGCUGAUGUCGGUCGUCGUUCUGGCAGCAUCUUAUUUCGAUUGGUUCUUGUGACGUCGCAUUAUUUUUUUUGGGACCGAUUCUUUUGAUGCUAGAUGGAUUAACAAAAUUUCCUUGGAUCGCCCCGGAACCAUAGACGACCGCAAAAUACCACCGAGUACCUGGAACAUAAAAGUCUGAUUGAAACUAGUGAUUAAGGGAAGCAAGUUUAACAUCCAGAGUUUGUAGAUCCCGCUCUAUUGGCUAUUGGCUAUCGUAGUUUAGCUCAUUUUGUACAGUUACAAAUAAGUUUCAAGCCGCAUUGGCGUAGUCAGUAGAACCUUCAGAAGCCUUCGAACAUGUGCCCACCGUUCCGCGCGCAAAAUUUAUCGCUAUGAGUAGAAGGAGCUUUGCUGCCAGUCUGGGAUCAGAAUGACGGAUGUUGCAUUCCCGAUUGCAUCGAUUCCCACUACAGUUGCGACCAAUCCAAACUCAAAAGCCAUCCCCGCUGAAAUAGGGGGUUCACAGCAAGGGCCGCCACCUCCACCACCGAGAACGGUGUCCUUCAAUCGGGACGUGCAUGUCAAAAGAAUUGGAUCACGUUCGGAACCACGAACCUUUCCUACCAAUUCGAACGUUCGCAAGGAACCUCAGAACUUAUCGGCGGAAGCCCUUCGCAGAGAAGCAGAAUUUGUACUAGCACAAGCAGAUCGCUUGGAUCGAGCUCGAUCGCGCAGCAACAGUAUCAACGGUGGCAAGGACGACAAGUUCAACUCGUUACCAUCGAGGAAAUCUCGGGGGAAAGCCUCUCUUACCCGAAGUUCUAGCGACGCUUCCUCGAAGAAACCCCAGAAGAAUCUCUUGAGUUUAUUCAAUAAGACGAAACAUGACGGUUCUGUGAAACCACCUGAAGAGAAGCCACGCAUAACUGUCAGUCGUAGCAAGAGCGACGUUGGUCAACCUCUUCGGCAGGUAAGAGACCGCCGAACGCCUCGAAGAAACACCCAGGAGCUGAAAAAUGAUCCAUUAACUCCGAUCAUCGAAGCUUCCCCAGUGGAAUACACCAAACCAUUAGAUCCACUUACCGCCUACGCCCAACAGAAGAAACCUUUCGAAGAUAGUCAGGAUUUGAACAUAUCCACGAAUCGAGCCACGUCCAAGCCCGUAAUGGAAACGAUCGCACUUCUGCGACAGAAUUCGAAGUCCCAAGAACGCCUGCAUAGCUCUCAAUUACCGCCAGACAAGCCCAACCUCACCAAAGGCGUCACCGUAGAGAACAUCGUCAAGCGUCUGUCCACUGAACGUCACACAUCGCCACCUCCUGCCCAGAUUGUACGCGACGGAUUCUCGUACACUCGACCGGGUGAACCCAUUGUCUACGCCCAGGUCGUAUGCAACAAUGAUAGCAAGGAAAAGCACACCAUUCGCAAUCAAUACAUAGCCAACACCAGUGACGAAGACAUGAAGAAAUCUAGUCCACACGACGACCUCCUCGACAGAAUGGCCACCAAGGAGUACCUCACCAUGAAACGUCCAAGUCCUCCGCUGCCCAAGUAUACCUUGGAUGAGACAGACAACUUCCCGCGUACCAAGUUGAAGCCCUACAACAGCGAUGAAGACGAAGGUCUGGGCAUAGACUACAGCAAACGCUUCUCAACCUCCUACCUCAAGACGACGACUACUACGGCAGCCGACUCGUUCACCAACUCGGACGAAGAUCACAUAACGCCUACCGUCAAGUACACCCCUCCGUACGUCGGUCACAGUUACAGUGCCAACUACCGGGGUCAAGCGGAUGGCAAAGAAUACUUCCCAGAGUUUCAUGAACUCAGCCAGCGGCGGGAGAUUCUGGAGUCACGAAUCCGCAACCGAAUCGGUUCCAGGGAAGUGCUUGACAUAGGAUCACCCGAUCGAGACACGACAACUAGGCGUGGAAGUGCUUCACGCUACGAGAACUACCAUCGGACUACUGCCGGUCGAAGGAGCGUUGAUCGGAUGGCAAGUGCUUCACCGGUGCGAAGGAGUACUCUCUCGCCUCCUCCGGUGCAGGAAGACUUGAUGCACCGCAGGAACUCGAGCAACCAGUACGUGGAGUCAUUUGUAACCAAGACGGUUGUGAACCGUGACGGAAGACCUUACUCGGAAGAAUACGUUGAACGUUUCAAGUAUCCGAGCAAGAAUUUGGAGGACGUGCGCACGACGAGAACGACAUUCGAGCGGGACGGAUCUGUCGAGCGGACCGAGGUGAAGAACUUCAAAAGGAACCUAGCGGAGACGAGCCACUCCAGGAAUGUGAUGGAUAAGGGUGAUUCCGGGAUCGAGAACGACUUCCGAAAGGAUUCGCUGAGCAGCGAGUUUCCGACGCGGAAAAGGUAUUCGAUGGCGCAGAACAUCCACGCUUGCGAGAGUUUUCUGCGCCAUGAACGCAACCACACCAACAGCUGUUUGCGGAAACCGAAGCGAACGUAUUCGUACCGUGAGCGGAGUAUUGAUGACGGCAGUCGGUUUGAUCCACGUCUGGACGACUAUCCGGAUUCCGGACGGGGUUAUCGGAAGGAGCUGAAGUCUUCGUUGAAACCGGAGAAGAAAACUGGAGGAUUAGCGAAGGUUAAACAGUUCAUGAGUUCGACCAAAAAGAAACUGGUCAGGAUGGGUGAAUCGGACAAGAAGGACUCACGGCAGAGUAGCAUUCGUAGCGAUGAGAGAUCGCGAUAUGAUGAGCAGUUCCAUUCGUUGCAGGUCCCCGACAUUGCCAACCGCCGGCGGUUGUCCACCCCGAAGUCUAGUCCUUCAACGACGAAGCGUUCGCUGUCGUUCAAAAGUACCACCAAAACGGGCGAAUCCUCGAAGGCAUCCCGUACGGAUUGGUUCAAGUCGUUCGAUAGGUUGUCCCGUAAGAAACCGUCGCAAGACUCCAAAUCGCAAUUCGGCGGAAGUGACCUGAAGUCCACCUCCGGUGGAACGAAACCGCAGAAGAGCUUGCGGUUCUUCGGCGAUACCGAUACGGAGUAUGCCAAUACGGCACCGUCCAGACCUAGUCGCUCCAAAUCUUCGUUGUCGAAGGUGGAUAAGAGAUACCAGAGCGCUUACGAUUUGGAAGCGACACCAAAGAUUCGCGAAACUCGAAACCGUUCGACCUCCAUGCAGAAUCUUGAUGAAGAGGAUCGUCGAAAUGAAUCCAAACGAAAAGACCUGUACGACAUAUCGGAGUACUCGACGAGCUACCGGAUGCGAUCUCCGUCACCGAGCUAUCCGGUUCGGCGACAGCACAGCAUGAACCGGGACUACACACCGGAUCGUUCCAUCCCCAGGAAGAGCUACAGCCGUUCGCGGGACAACAGUGUCGAUCGCGUAGAGUCCGAUCGCUACCAGCGAUCGAGUCGAAGCCGUAGCGAACAGCAGCACAGGAAACCUCCAUCUGGCCCACAGAAGCCGGCCCGUAGCUUCGAACGGAGAGGCAGCUUGACCAGGGACACGGAUCGAAUUCAGGAUAGUUCCGGUACCGAAGGAGAAUCUAGUCAACAGAGCCAGCGAAGUGUCGUAUUCUUGCAUGCAACUACAGUUGGCGACAUUCCCCAUCCGCACAUUGCCAACGCCCACCGGAUGGCGUACUCCCGCGAAUCGUUGAACAGCUCCAAGAAGGUCCAACCGAUGACCCGCACCGUGUCGCGAUCGGUCUCCGUACUUGCCCCCUGGAAACCCAAGCACAUUCGCGAUGGAUACGAAAUCAACUACCACAACGAUCAGCAGCAAGUGGUGAAACCGAUCUCAACCCUGCCGCGACCGAUGAGGAAUCGAUCUUCGAGCCAGUCCACGUUGAACCGAACCAAGCAGAAGACCCGACGGAGUCAUGCCGGCGGAUCCAAGGACGAUUUGGACUCGGACAAGAGUUCUUCCUUCGAUAACUCACGCAAUUCACAUCGGCCGUCAGAAAGCGGUGGCCAUCAAACGCAUUCGCUGCCGAGGCGAUCGCGGGAUAACGCAGCAGCAUCCGGAAGCUCGAAGACUAACACCCUUCAGAAACAUCGGAGGAAUUAAUUGGAAUUAACUUUAAAUUGCUGGAAUAAUCCAUGCCAUUACACAGUUUCACCUUAAAUUCAGAGUUUUGUUCGAGUGAUGUUUGAUUUUGGUCCUGGAGAUUAGAAAGUAAUCACAUUUUAAUGGUAACAAAAACUGGUAGAAAUGUCGCAAAAUAUUAACGUUUGUUUCAGAGACGGCGAUCUUACUAGCGAAUGAAAAUAAUUGUACUAAAAUGGAGUAAAAUUUUGAAUAAAAAUUGCGAUUUUCACAACUAA